GUUACGCGUACCGCGGAGGUUCGCCCCGGGCCGGGCCACGUGACGCGCCGGCCCAAUGACGGCGCCCGGUCCGCAGCUCGGGCGCCGCGGGCUCCGGUUGCCGCUGAGCCGCUCGCGUUUUCCCAGCGCGGCCACCCAAGGCCAGCGAAGCCAUGGGCGCCACGACCCCAGAGCAGCCGCAGCCGCCCGGCACCAGGGGCAGAGGUGGCAGUGAAAGUGGUGUCCAAGGCACAGGGGAACGUGCCCGUCCUUUCCGAAUCGGAGAGGUUGAUGGCCCUGGAUCACCGCAACGUUAUCCAGCUCUUCCAGGUAAUGGAGAGCCCGAGCACCGUCUACAUGGUCAUGGAGCACGCAGAUGGGGGAGACCUAUGGCACUACAUCCCUGAGGUCGGUGGCCUGCAGGAGGACCAAGCCCGCCCGGUGUUCAGGCAGAUCGUGCGCGCUGUGCGCCACUGCCACGACAGGGGCAUAGUGCACCUGGACCUGAAGCCCGGCAACGUGGUGGUGGACAUCAGGGCCGGCAGUGUCAAGCUCAUUGACUUUGGCCUGGGCGCUACCUUCACGCCUGGGCAGAAGCUCAACGGCUUCUGGGGCACUGUCCCAUACUGUGCCCCUGAAAUCGUGCAGCAUCAAGAAUAUGAGGGUCCCCCUGCAGACGUCUGGAGCCUGGGGGUUACCCUGUUUCUCAUGCUCACUGGGAGACGCCCAUUUAAGGCCAGAGUCGCCAACUGCCUGCAGGACGUCCUCAUGCAGGCCAGCUACCACCUUCCCAGGUACCUUUCCCAGGACGCCUGCAGCCUCAUCCGGCAGAUGCUGAGGCUGGACCCCAGGCAGAGGGCCACCCUGGAGCAGGUAAUGGGGCACCCGUGGCUGAGCCAGGGCAGGGAACCCUCGCCCAAUCCUUGCAGUGACCCACACCCCAGACACCCAGACCCCGCCAUCAUGACCAUCAUGUUCGACAUGGGUUACGACCCCUACCACACCUGGGUGUCCUUGGACCAGCGGAAAUACAAUGAGGCCAUGGCCACCUACCUUAUCCUCCAGCACCAGAGAACCCAGGCCGCGGCGGGGUGGGCGCUCCAGGCGAGGCCUGUGCGCAGAAGGGUGGUGGGGCCUCGCCCAGGCCCCGCGGAUGCCCCCGGCCUGCGCCCCAGCAAGUGGUGCACCAGCGAGCCUGCCCAUCCAGUGCCCUGGGAGCACCAGCCACCAGAGGAGGCCAGGCAGGCAGGGCACAGGGGCGCGGUCAGUGCCAGCAUGCCCGCCAUCCCUCUGCGGUUCUUCCACGUGGGCACAGCCUCUCCCAGCCCAGCCUCCCGAGGCGACCCUGUGCCCCGCGGGCCCCAAGACCCCAGGCCCAGCCCAUGGAGGGUCCUCUGCGGGUGUGUGGCAGAAGGCCCCAGCUCCUCCUCCCAGGGGUCCUCAGGCCAAUCCGCUAACAGCGGCAGGGGUUGGAGGGGGGUCACCAGGAGGAUCGCCACCUGCCUCCAGCAACUGUGCUGCUGCUUGCCCUGCUUCCGCGGACCCGGCUCCCGAAGAAGAGCGGCACCCGUGCAGGGAGGCCACAGGAGCCCUAGGUUCCAAAACAGAGUGGCCCCAGUGGACGCGCCCUGAGGAGGCACACAGACCAAGGGACAGCCAGAAGACCCCGAUCUCCGAGCAGCCUGACCUCAGAGUCGGCACCCGUCAGGAAGGGCACCGAAACAGCUGCAGCACUGAGGGACGCCCACUGGCCUGGGCCUCCCCGCGUGGACUCCAGCCAAGAGCCCGUCGGCCUCCACCACCACUCUCUCUGCCCCCUCCUGCCACAGACAUCAGAGACUCUUCCCUGGGACACUUCCCCUGCCCUGCUCUGCCCCGGCCUUCCUCCCGGGCUUCUGGGAAACCAGCGAUGGUUCCUCAUCAAUUUCUCUUUCUCACCCAUUGAAUAAUAAAAUUGAUUUUUCAAAGACUAUUUUGUUUUGCUUUGUUUUAAGAGGGCAGGUUGAAAAAUAGAGGAGAUAAAACUUAAAAAGGAAAAACCCAAACCAAAGAGAGGCCUCAGGGCAAAAGCAGGAGCCCAGCAGAUGUCCUGACCACAGCCUGGACCACUGGGCCUCCCUCUGCUGUUCUGUGUAGAUAGAGACUCCUGCACCUUCAGCCAGUGUAGGUGGGGACUCAAGUGCCUUGACCUCGUGUAGAUGGAGAUUCUCUCCUUGAGCCACUGGAGACUCGAUUCUGUUUUAGUCGAUUGCUUUGGCCACCAAGGAUCUUUCCUGCUCUUCAGGCCCCUCCCUGAGAUGUGUGGAGAGGGUGGGUGGCAGGUGUUAGAGAAGACUCGUCUGGAAAGCCACUGGACUCCACAGAGUGUCUGUGGCAUCACCUCCAUAAUCCCACGGGCAGGGAAGCCAGAGACGAGCCAGUGGGCGGGGGUGGGCUGGCCUGCAGCAGUGGCUGCCUGCGGCACCAGCACGCCUUGCCACCUCUGAACCCAACAUCUCCUCCUGGCUGCUGCUAAAGGUCAUGAAGAAUGAAUGAGCACAUGGGCUCUGGGGACUGGCGAUCUUAAACUGUCCCACAGUGGCUACUUACAUAAAAGCCAAGUGACCAUCAAGGAAAUAAAAUUCCUAAUAUAAAAAGCUCCCAAAAGAUCUUCAGCUAUAGAUGAUGGCCCUGGAGAAUUCCGCCACACAGUGAAGAAGACCAACUGUAUACAAACGUUUCCAGGAAGUGGAAGCACAGGGAACAACUCGCCAUGUAUUUUAUGAAGCUGGUAUUGCCCGACCAUCAAACCAGAAAAGCCGCUGCCAGAGAGAACCAUCAGAGAAACCCCAGUAUAGACACCAACAUCCCCAUACGAUGCACUUUACUGAAAAGCCAAGAAAGGCACAGGAGGGUAUGGAUUCAUGUAGAAUAAUGACGUGACAGAACUCGGCACCUAUUGAAAAGUCUCCCAGAUGGGUAGGACCAGGGAGUGUCAGGGAUCCAUCCUGUCCCCCAGACCUCCACACCUAAGAAUAAGGUCUCUCUUGUCAGAAAUAAGAUGGGAGCCUAAGGAACCAGGGUGAGCUCAUGGUUCAGCGUGGCUUGUGUCCUCAUAGGGAGGCCAGGGCAAGUUUGAUUCAGUGUGACUUAGGUUGUUAGGGGACUGUCUUCUGUUCAGGGGAUGUCUGUAGUGAAACAUUUGAGUUUUCUUACUUCUCACUUUGGGUAUGUCCUAGAGGUAUUUCUUGGUGGUUCCUGUGGGGGUUUCAUUUCCCACGAGAUAGGAACAGCAGCCAGAUGGAGUCUGUGGCAGGGUAACUUCACUGGCGUAGAGAAUGCCGCUGCUGUGCCUCUCCAUGCCCACCCGCUCAGCCAGUUUUGUCACAAUGUUACACGUGCACACUGUGUUUGAUUCCAUAGAAUAAUCUUGGGGUUUUUCUCCAAUUUAUUCUCUUACAUCUUGUGGAACAAAGGUAGCACUAGCUUUUAUAAUUGUCCUGGAUUUGCUUUACCAGAGAUCUUUCUGUCUUCAUGGAGAUCUGACUACCCAAUCUAAUGUGCUUCAGGUCAGCCCCAAGAACCCCCCUCAUACAGGCACAUCUAGUGGGGACCAGCUCCACUAGAGUGCAGUCAGGCCAUGAGGCUCCACCCGCAGGGAUGGGAGGUGCAGUUUAAGAGUGCUUCUCCAGGGGCUGGUGUUGGAGCUCAGUGGUAGAGCUCCUGCGUAGCAUGUGUGAGGCAGUGUGUUUGAUUCUAAGCACCACAUAAAAAUGAAUAAAAGUCCAUUCAGUUAAGAAAAAUUUUAAAAACAAUGCUUCUCCAGCAUGCUCUAAGACGUGGUUCACUUCCUAGCAGUGCACACGUGCCCACACAUACACAGAGACACACGUAAGAAUAUUUAUCUAGCAUGGAACAAUGGCCUGUGGCUGUGUUUUAAUUAACUUCCUCAUGUCUUUGGCCCAGACACCCAACAAGAAAUAGUUAGAGGAGAUUAUGUUGGCACACAGGUCAGGGUUUCAGUGGUCUCCAUGUGUACAUUGCUGAUUCCAUUGCUCUGGGCCCAAGGUGAGGAAGCUCAUCAAGGGAGAAAGACCCAAAGGAAGAAAGGUUCUCUCCUGGGACAUUUCCCUCUACCCUUCUCUUUCCUGGCUUUCUUCCUGGGCUUCUGGGAUAACAUGGAUGCUUAAUAAAUUUCUGGUUUUUACCCAAUUGUAUAAUAAAAUCGAUGUUCUAAAGGUUGGAGGGGGAGAAUAAAUCUCUCUCAUUGUCUGGGUCUACUUACAGAAAAUAGGAAUUCCUUCAGCUAUGUCAAGCAAAAUGAAACUUUAUUAAUUGAUUAAUUCAUGAUAUUUAAAGUGGGGAACUAAAGUCUUACAAUCUCCUUAGAAGGGCUGAAGUAGCAAGCUUGGUAAUAUCAAGAACACCGCCAGGGAACUAGCCCUCAGAUAAGCUGCCUCCUCUUGUGCAAUCAGAAAGGAGGACUGGAAGUGAGCAUUGGAGCCCUUGGUUCCAGGACCCCUUCUAUAGCUGAGAUUAGUAGGUGAGCUGUGAAAACAGCAGCCCCAGACUCCCACCGUGCUGAAUGGGAUCUGCAUUCUGCUUCUUGACAUCUGGUCAUUGGAACACUGCUAAAGAAAAAUCCAGUGGGUCCACAAAGGGCUUGCCAGCAGAAACAGCAGAUGUAGCCAGGUGCUACAGGUAUCAUGAAUCAAUCAAUUAAUGAAGUUUCAUUUUGCUUGAAAUAGCUAAAGGAAUUCCUAUUUUCUGCCUCACUCUCUUUCACCUUUCUCACAAUACAUGUGAUGGUCUGGACCUUAGUAUGGAGCCCUACUUACCAGGUGAUUCUGGGAAAUGUGGAUGAAGAGAGCCACAGCCCACAUUAUUCCUCCCCCACCUCCUGUCUAAGGUUCUUAAUCUUGUGCCAUUCCCUAUCCUGUCUGCUAGUAGACAUUGCUCAAGUGGUUAUCUUGUCCUGUCUUCUGUCUUCAACAUCCCCCUUUCUUCCACCUGUCUCUAAACAACUUGCAGACCCUGAAGACAAGCCACGAAAGCAAAGGCAGACAAGUGGGACCAGGUCAGACUGAAACAGCAAAAUGACCAGGCAACCCGUAGAGUGGGGGAAAAUAUUUGCAAGCCUUAUAUCUGAGUAGUGGUAAAUAUUUGAAUUAUAUAAGAAAGACCUACAAUUCAAUAGCAAAAACAAAAAGAAAUCCAAUUUUGAAAAUUGGGAAAGGACCUGAUAGACAUUUCUCCAAAGAAGACCUACAAAUGGACAACAGUUAUACCAAAAGGUGCUCAACAUCAGUAAUUACCAACUAAAUGCAAAUCAAAACCACAAGAUAACACCUCACACCUGUUAAGAUGACAAUUAUCAGAAAAAAAAAAAAACAGAUGUAAUAAUGUUGGUGAAGAUAUGGAGAAACUGGACCUCUCAUGUAGUCACCAUCGAAGUUUCUUAAAAAAUUAUAAGUAGAAUCAUCAUAUGAUCCACCAAUCCCACUUUGAGGCAUAUAUCCAAAAGAAUUGAAAUUAGAAUCUGGAAAAGAUAUCUACACUCCUAUGUUCACUGUAGCAUUAUCCACAAUAGCCAAGAUACGGAAACAACUAGAUGUUAAUCAAUGGGAGACAAAGAGAAUGUGGUGUGUGUGUAUAAUGGCCAAAAAAAAAAAAAAAGAAGAAGAA